ACUUGCACCAGGUGUAGGGAGAUGCCAACAGAAGCAGAGAGAGUUUGCUGUGGCAAAUCCAGGGAAAGAUGUGUAUCGAUCCUCCCAGAUUUCAAUGUACUGGUUUUGGAUGAGGCAGUGCUUGCUCUAGCAAGGUUGUACAGAAAUGAUGUCCUUGUCCUAAAUGAAGAAGUUGACUUGAUGAAGGCAAAUAGGCACCAAGGAUAUAGACAGUUUAUUCUUUGGCAGCAUGGGUGGCUUGGCACUGGGAAUCGCAGGGUGAUUCCAGGCUGCUGUGUUUGGAGAAUCCGUGACGGAUAUCCGGAUCCCUUUGGCCAGUACAAAGGAUUUGUCCCUGGACGACUUGCCUGA